CAUGAUUGCUAUUUUCUUUUUAACCAGGUCAUGAGAAAAGUUAGGGUGAGCAUCUACGAGUAUCAGCUGGAAAGCAUGUUUGUUCAGCACAUGAGGCCGAUAAUUGUUCAGUUGUAUAUGGAUUUGCUUUUGUUGGACUGUGCUGCUUUAAAGUUCUGGAUUGGUGCUAUCAGUGAAGAUGCCCCCUUGUGCUGCAUUCGGGACUUUCUUGAUUCAAAAACCAGCUGUGAUCUGUUGCAGGAAAGAUUCAGAAAAGAAAACACCUCUAAAUACCGAAGAUUAUGUCUAACUUUAGCAUACUUGAAACUGCAGAAUCACCGCCACCAACAGCUAUGGUUGCACAGUUCGUCGACGUCCAGUAUUCCUCCGAAAUUCAACUCUCUCUCUCUUUUUUCUCUCCAACUCAGUGCGUCUCUAUUCUUCCAGCAAUGGAGCUUGCAUAAUCACUUGAGAAAUUGGCAAAUGAAAGCUGCUUCACUUGCACAGUGUAAAACAUUCAUUGUUAUUGCCCAGGGUUGUGAUUCUGGAUGCUAACAUGAUUAACCACAGGUUGGUGUUCCUUGGGAACUUGGUGCGGAGAAAUUGCUGCAUAUUAUGGGUUUACUUCGACUACAUGAGGAGCUUCAGAGUUGAAUUUGAUGAGUUUUUUGAGGAAGGAAUAAUAUCAGAAAUUGAAGUUGGAUUAGGUCUCUGUGGAGAGCUACGGUAUCCUUCUUAUCCUGAACGGCAUGGUUGGAAAUAUCCUGGUAUUGGUGAAUUCUAGUUGCAGGAAACGCGUGUUAUUUUGCUGCUACGUAAGUUUGGUCGCCUGCUGCAUUGUCCCAGAUGAUCGAGCUCCCGCUCCGGACAACAUAAAAUAAGGCAACACCAACUACACACGACACGUCCACAUGUCAUUUCUGCCUCACAGUCGCAGCCACUCCAAAACACACGCCACUCAGCCGCCGCUUCCCACAAAGUAGCAAAACCAAAACACAACUCUUCCACUUCUUCGUCGCUUCUUCUUCUUCUGCAGAGACAUCAGUGUUACGCCGCAUAAACUCGCAUUCUGACACCCAUGGCUUACUCCACCGCUGCUCCGCCGUCCACCUCCUUCAUCGGCAACAAGGCCCCUUUUGAUCUGAAUCUCUCUGCUUUCUCCUCCGCAACGCCGAUUUCCAGUCAGAAAUGCAAGAGAAAAUCCAAGAAAAUUUGCUCCGUCAUGGCUUCUCAGCAAUCGGAGCGCAAGCCCGCCACCACCGGCUCGGUUAAGACGGGGAUGACGAUGACUGAGAAGAUAUUUGCUCGAGCUUCUGAGAAAACCCAGCUGAGUCCGGGUGAGAAUGUUUGGGUUGAUGUCGAUGUUUUGAUGACCCAUGACGUCUGUGGCCCCGGUUCAUUUGGAAUCCUCAAGAAAGAGUUCGGCCAGAACGCAAAGGUUUGGAACCGCGAAAAGGUUGUAAUCAUACCUGACCAUUAUAUAUUUACAACUGAUGAACGUGCAAACCGUAAUGUGGAUAUCUUAAGGGACUUGUGCAUGGAGCAAAACAUCAAGUAUUUCUAUGAUAUCAAGGAUCUAAGUAAUUUCAAGGCCAACCCAGAUUAUAAGGGCGUAUGCCAUGUUGCUCUUGCUCAAGAAGGUCAUUGCAGGCCAGGGGAGGUUCUGCUGGGUACAGAUUCUCAUACAUGUACUGCUGGAGCUUUUGGACAAUUUGCUUCUGGAAUUGGGAACACUGAUGCAGGAUUUGUAUUGGGCACUGGGAAGCUUCUGCUCAAGGUGCCACCAACAUUGAGAUUUGUGAUGGAUGGUGAAAUGCCCGACUAUUUGCUUGCCAAAGAUUUGAUUCUGCAAAUUAUUGGUGAAAUAACUGUUGCUGGUGGAACAUAUAAAGCUAUGGAAUUUGUUGGCAGCACUGUUGAAAGCUUAUCUAUGGAAGAACGAAUGACAUUAUGCAACAUGGUUGUUGAGGCUGGAGGUAAAAAUGGUAUUGUUCCUGCUGAUAGCACUACAUUUAAUUACCUUGAGGAUAACACGUCUGUUCCCUAUGAACCUGUUUACAGUGAUGCUAAAGCAAGAUUUCUUAAAGAGUACAGAUUUGAUAUCUCAAAAUUGGAGCCAUUGGUGGCAAAGCCUCAUUCUCCAGAUAAUCGUGCUUUAGCAAGAGAAUGCAAAGAUGUGAAAAUUGACAGAGUAUACAUCGGUUCUUGCACUGGUGGAAAAAUGGAGGAUUUUAUGGCUGCAGCCAGAGUUUUUCUAGCAUCUGGGAAAAAGGUCAAAGUUCCCACAUUUCUUGUGCCUGCUACCCAAAAGGUUUGGAUGGACGUGUAUAGUCUGCUAGUUCCAGGGUCUGGUGGCAAGACUUGCUCCCAGAUAUUUGAGGAAGCUGGAUGUGACGCACCUGCAAGUCCCACUUGCGGUGCUUGCAUGGGGGGUCCGAAAGACACGCAUGCACGCUUAAAUGAACCUCAGGUAUGCGUCUCGACAACAAACAGGAACUUCCCAGGUCGAAUGGGUCACAAGGAAGGCCAGAUAUAUCUCGCUUCCCCCUAUACGGCGGCUGCGUCAGCUUUGACUGGUUACGUCACCGACCCGAGAGAGUUUUUGCAGUAAGCAGUUUUAUCAUUACAAUCUGAUCAGUGUAUGUCAUCUUUAUAUUCUGCAACUAAAUGCUGUUAGAUAGCAGAGAUUACGGAAUAAUGGGUAUAACAUCCAUCCUACAAGGUUUUAUGUUUUGUGAUUGUCGGGUAGCAGCCAUAUUGUAUGUGUAAUCGUUUGAGCAUGUUAGAAUGUAUUUAUGAAACGAUGGAAUAAAGAGGGCUUGUCGGUGAA